GGCGCUUGGGCACCCUUGAGACAGUGCCGCCCUCCCACUGCUCCCCAAAGCUUUUCUUCGGAAGGUUAACCUCGAAUGAGGAACGAGCUGGGCGGGAAGGGAGGGGCUGCGGCGGCGCGGGCACUGCCCGCCGGGCCCGGGGCGGGGGGCAGUGAGGUCACGUAACGGCUGCUCCCGCGUCUGGCCGGCAGCCCGAGCCCUGCUGCGCGCGCCGCGGCUGGGAAACAGUUACCGGCUAGUAAACAACAGCUGCGCGCGCACCGCAUCAGCUGGCGCCAGGAUCCCGCACCUGCGACCUCCUCCUGCCGGCAUCCCCGCUGCCCCUCCUGCCCAGCCGGGGCCAGCUCGCGUGGCGUCUCCUCCUCUGCUGGGAUCCGAAGGAAGAACGGCGAGGAGUUGACCUGCGCCGGGGACGGGGUAGGGGAGAAAGCGUUUCCCGGCAAAGGGGUGGCCGGUCCUGUCAGACGCAGGAGAAACCUAGCGAGCCGAACGGGGGCUCAGUGGACUAGCAGCGACUUGUCACGACCCUGACCUGCAGUUUGAGGUGUCUUGAUCUGCUAGCCUCCUUCUCCCAGAUCCCAGUGACUUUUCUGCCAGAAGAGCGGUCGUGCCACUCCCGCAGACCUUUGGAGGCAGGAAUCCGCUCACCCCCUGCAUUCUUCUCUGCUCACCCUCCUUUCCUCAUUCCCCUCGGUCUAGUAUCGUGGGUUAUUUUUCCCGUUAUGCAUGCGCACCUUUUCCACCAGACGCGAGUGGAUUAUCGACCUCAAAAACACCGGGUGGCUCUACACACACCUCCUCCCUGCCAGACCUGUGAGGUAUUCACCUGAUACACAACAGGUGGCCGGGUGUACACCUUUUCGCAAUCUGAUCCACGCUAUAUUCAUUUGAUAAGGGUGGGCUACAGGCCCUUUGCUCAGCUAGAACCGUGGGACACUCAGCAGAUAAAGGACUGACUACCUCAGGAGGAACCUGGGAGUUGAGGGAAGGGAGGCUUUACCAGCUGCUCUGAGACCAUGGCACUGAGCCCUCGGCUCUGUGGACCAGGAGAGAUAGAUAGGUAGCUCUAUAUUCUGAAGGAAAGAAGUUAUACAUGAUUGCCAUCGUUUUGUCUUUCACUCUUUAACCCCUGAAAAAAUUUUUCAGCUAUUGCUGGUGUACUUUCUAGGAUAGUCGGCUUGAAUUCUGGAUAGAAGGAUUUUUAUUUGGGGGCUUUUUGUGUGGUGGGAAUCAAGGUAAUUGAGUUUUUUUUUUUUAAGUUAUCUUUUCUAUUUUUACAAUCAAAAGUAACUAGAGUAGGAAGAAGAUUUUGUGAGGCUUUCCGUUUUUCCUUGUCCUUAAAAAGAAAAAUGCAUCCUCCAGAAACCACCGCCAAGAUGGCUUCAGUUCGAUUCAUGGUGACACCAACAAAGAUCGAUGACAUUCCAGGUUUGUCAGACACCAGUCCGGACCUCAGCUCUCGAUCUAGUUCUCGAGUAAGAUUUAGCUCUCGGGAAAGUGUGCCUGAAACAAGCCGUAGUGAGCCCAUGAGUGAAAUGUCUGGGGCCACCACUUCACUGGCAACAGUUGCACUGGACCCACCCAGUGACCGGACUUCUAACCCCCAGGAUGUUACCGAGGAUGAUGGGCAUAAGAAAGCUCGAAAUGCUUAUCUCAAUAAUUCAAAUUAUGAAGAAGGAGAUGAAUAUUUUGAUAGAAACUUGGCACUCUUUGAGGAAGAAAUGGACACCAGACCAAAGGUGUCUUCUCUCCUCAACCGCAUGGCCAACUACACUAAUCUGACACAAGGAGUAAAGGAACACGAAGAAGCAGAAAACAUCACGGAAGGAAAAAAGAAGCCCACCAAGACUCCCCAGAUGGGUACCUUCAUGGGUGUCUACCUCCCAUGUCUACAAAAUAUUUUUGGAGUGAUCCUCUUUCUGCGCCUUACAUGGGUGGUGGGCACAGCUGGAGUUCUUCAGGCUUUUGCGAUUGUCCUUAUCUGCUGCUGCUGUACAUUAUUAACUGCUAUCUCCAUGAGUGCCAUUGCCACUAAUGGAGUGGUGCCAGCUGGGGGCUCAUACUUUAUGAUUUCCCGGGCACUGGGCCCAGAGUUUGGUGGGGCUGUUGGCCUCUGCUUUUAUCUUGGUACCACAUUUGCAGCAGCCAUGUAUAUCCUGGGUGCCAUUGAAAUCUUUCUGGUAUAUAUUGUCCCCCGGGCUGCCAUCUUUCACAGUGAUGAUGCACUCAAGGAAUCAGCAGCCAUGCUAAAUAACAUGCGUGUCUAUGGCACAGCCUUUUUGGUCCUCAUGGUAUUGGUGGUAUUUAUCGGCGUACGCUAUGUGAACAAGUUUGCCUCACUCUUCCUGGCCUGUGUCAUUGUGUCCAUCUUGGCCAUCUAUGCUGGAGCCAUCAAGUCUUCUUUUGCCCCUCCACACUUCCCGGUCUGCAUGCUGGGUAACCGCACUCUUUCAUCAAGACACAUUGACGUUUGCUCUAAGACCAAGGAAAUGAACAACAUGACAGUGCCAUCAAAGUUGUGGGGCUUCUUCUGUAACUCAAGUCAGUUUUUCAAUGCCACCUGUGAUGAAUACUUUGUUCACAAUAAUAUCACUUCAAUCCAGGGCAUUCCUGGAUUGGCUAGUGGUAUCAUUACAGAGAAUCUCUGGAGUAAUUAUCUACCCAAGGGAGAAAUCAUUGAAAAGCCAUCAGCCAAAUCUUCUGAUGUCUUAGGUGGCUUAAACCAUGAAUAUGUUCUUGUUGACAUCACUACCUCCUUCACUCUUCUGGUGGGAAUCUUCUUUCCCUCUGUCACAGGUAUCAUGGCUGGAUCAAACAGAUCUGGAGACCUGAAAGAUGCUCAGAAGUCUAUUCCCGUUGGUACUAUCCUUGCCAUCCUGACCACCUCCUUUGUCUAUUUAAGCAAUGUUGUCCUUUUUGGUGCAUGUAUUGAAGGAGUUGUUCUCAGAGACAAGUUUGGGGAUGCUGUGAAAGGUAAUUUGGUGGUGGGAACCUUAUCUUGGCCAUCUCCAUGGGUGAUUGUUAUUGGCUCCUUCUUUUCAACAUGUGGGGCUGGCCUUCAGAGCCUCACAGGUGCACCAAGACUGCUACAGGCUAUUGCCAAGGAUAACAUCAUACCAUUUCUAAGGGUUUUUGGCCACAGCAAAGCCAAUGGAGAACCUACCUGGGCUUUACUUUUAACUGCCGCCAUUGCAGAGCUGGGAAUCCUUAUAGCCUCCCUGGAUCUUGUGGCCCCAAUUCUUUCCAUGUUUUUUCUCAUGUGUUACCUCUUUGUGAACUUGGCAUGUGCCUUGCAAACAUUACUUCGAACACCAAACUGGAGACCCCGGUUCCGCUACUACCACUGGGCCCUCUCUUUCAUGGGAAUGAGUAUCUGUCUGGCUUUGAUGUUCAUUUCUUCCUGGUAUUAUGCCAUUGUAGCUAUGGUAAUAGCUGGUAUGAUCUACAAGUACAUUGAGUACCAAGGAGCUGAAAAAGAAUGGGGUGAUGGUAUCCGAGGGCUGUCCCUCAGUGCAGCCCGGUUUGCUUUGCUUCGGCUGGAGGAAGGACCUCCACACACUAAAAACUGGAGGCCUCAGUUGCUUGUAUUACUGAAACUAGAUGAAGACUUACAUGUCAAGCAUCCUCGCCUCCUCACAUUUGCUUCACAGCUCAAAGCAGGAAAGGGUCUCACUAUUGUGGGCUCUGUCAUCGUGGGGAACUUCCUAGAGAACUAUGGUGAAGCCUUAGCUGCUGAGCAGACUAUAAAGCACCUUAUGGAGGCAGAGAAAGUAAAAGGAUUUUGCCAGCUGGUGGUGGCUGCCAAGCUGAAAGAGGGCAUUUCCCACCUCAUCCAGUCAUGUGGCCUUGGGGGCAUGAAGCACAACACGGUGGUGAUGGGCUGGCCCAAUGGCUGGCGCCAAAGUGAAGAUGCUCGCGCUUGGAAGACAUUUAUUGGCACAGUUCGAGUGACAACUGCUGCCCAUCUCGCCCUGCUAGUGGCUAAAAACGUCUCCUUCUUUCCCAGCAACGUGGAACAAUUUUCUGAGGGCAACAUUGAUGUGUGGUGGAUUGUGCAUGAUGGGGGGAUGCUCAUGCUCCUACCCUUCCUACUAAAACAACACAAGGUGUGGCGCAAGUGCAGCAUACGUAUCUUCACAGUAGCCCAGCUAGAAGACAACAGUAUCCAGAUGAAGAAGGACCUAGCCACCUUCCUGUACCACCUGCGGAUUGAGGCGGAGGUGGAAGUGGUGGAGAUGCAUGACAGUGACAUAUCAGCUUAUACUUAUGAGCGCACUCUGAUGAUGGAGCAAAGAUCCCAGAUGCUCCGACACAUGCGGCUAUCCAAAACGGAGCGGGACAGAGAGGCACAGUUGGUGAAAGACCGGAACUCCAUGCUAAGACUGACCAGCAUUGGCUCUGAUGAGGAUGAAGAGACAGAAACUUAUCAGGAGAAGGUACACAUGACUUGGACAAAAGACAAGUAUAUGGCAUCCCGGGGGCAAAAAGCCAAGUCAAUGGAAGGAUUCCAAGACCUGCUUAACAUGCGUCCGGACCACUCCAAUGUGAGGCGGAUGCACACAGCAGUGAAGCUUAAUGAGGUUAUAGUUAACAAGUCUCAUGAAGCAAAGCUUGUUUUGUUGAAUAUGCCAGGGCCACCUCGAAACCCUGAGGGUGAUGAAAACUACAUGGAGUUCCUAGAAGUGCUCACUGAGGGACUAGAACGAGUCCUCCUUGUCCGGGGUGGUGGCAGCGAAGUGAUCACCAUUUAUUCAUAAUGUACUCCUGAAUGACUCUGCUUGGCCUCACCUUUCCUGAAAGGCCUCCAUCCUCCAUGGAAAUGCCAGUUCUUUACCACCAUGCCCAGUCAGCUAAAGGCCUGUGUUUUACACACAUCCCACUGAAAUCAUAAUGAGCUGAGUCUCAAGUACUUGUGCACAGGUACAAUAGAUCUAUUCUUUGAUCCCAUAUGAUAUGCAUUUCUUAAAGAAGCAAAUAAUUCCUGCAACAUCAAUGAUCAAGCCCUAAAAGCCAUGUUUGACCAAAGGCAAGUUAGAAUUAACAAGCUAAACCAAUCAAUGAAUUGGUAAAAGGGAUUCCGGAAAUUCAACUGAAGACAAAAAGCAAGUAUAUAUCCAACAUUGAAGAUGAGUCUCAGAAGUCAUGGUUCCAUGAUGACAUCAUAGAGGUAACUGCCAGAAACAUAGCUUCAUCUUACUAAAUCAUGGUGAAGAAUAUGGGGACCUAUUACCUGUGGAGAUAACUGGGGGCAAGCCAAGAUGGAAACAUUUUUUUAGCUAAUUUUCUUUAUCGUACCCACUGCUGUCCUCUAAUUUUAUAUUAGGGUACUAUUGUACAAAACCUGAAACAUGGCUGCAGCCUUGUAUCUUCCUCAAAAACAGGAGUCCCCCAAAUACCAGGUUUAAGUAUC